UAACUCGAGCGAAGGAGGCAGUCUGGAACUUGGCUUGCUCCAGUCAACAUUCCCUGCUCGCGCAACCAGACAUUGGUGGGGCCCGAGAGGAAUAGAAGGAAUUAGAUGAACGACUUCGAAUGUUUUAAAAUCAAUUCUCCUCCCACGUCAAAUCUGAAUGAAAUCGUCAAUUUCGGAAUCGGGAGAGCACAUGUAGUCUAUACGAGCAGCAGCUAAUCUAUAGAACCUGAUUUAAUUAACACGUCCCGUGAGCGACUUUCGUUGUUGUUCUUACGGAUGCUCAUGCAUCGGGAAUGCCACCAUGGCCACGCCGACCAGCCUUCAGCAACAGCAGCAGGAUUACUUCAGAAGCGUCAGCAGCGAAUCCACCACCUAUAUGAUGGUCCCCGCCGCGGCGCCCUCGGCCAACGCGCGUCGCGAUUCCUCUCCGUCCAAGAUGUGGGUGGCUAUGGUGGUGAUUGUGGUGGUUGUUCUGCAGAUAGCGUCGACAACUGGACUUUUUGUCUACCUGAAUAUGUCGAUAUCACAGGUGCGUAGUCAGGGUGUAACAGAGGAGCUGAAGUGUCUCAGUCUGUUGAAUGCUCUGGAUAAAGACCAGGACAUCCCAGAGAACCUGGCACAGCUGUUUGGAGAGCCCUGCAUAAAACUGGCCGAGGGCAUCAAGGCUUACAUCUCUAAGGUGACAGAGAACAUAAUCUCCAAACAGUCUUUUCAAGAAGCGAGAACACAACCUCGCACCUUCAACACAUCGGGGUCAAAGUUUGCGACCUCUGUGACCCAGCGGCCGUCGGCCCACCUGACUCUCAGAGACAGCAGCGCUCAAGGGUCUUCCUUGUUUCCCGCCCCCCAGGCUGACCUUCACCAAUCAUGUCGCCACCCUGUCCGGUCCUGGGCCAAUCAGAGCUUUGGAGCCCAUCUUCACAACAUGACUUUAGCCAAUGGGAGGCUGCGUGUGCCCCAGGAUGGGCGGUACUACCUGUACUCACAGGUUUACUUCCGCUACCCGUCCCCCAGUGAAGGGGACCAGCCCACAGCCAGCCACCAGCUGGUCCAGUGUGUCUACAAGAAGACAACCUAUGUACGGCCCAUCCAGCUGCUGAAGGGUGUGGGCACCAAGUGUUGGGCUCCGGAUGCUGAGUACGCCCUCCACUCCGUCUACCAGGGCGGUCUGUUUGAGCUGAGGGCUGGAGACGAGCUCUUUGUCUCUGUCUCAUCUCCUACCAUGGUCCAUGCCGAGGAUUCGUCAAGCUACUUCGGGGCAUUCCGUCUGGAUCUGUGAAGAUGGAUGGACGGAUGGGGAGAGAUAGAGGGCUGACCAACACCAGAAGAGGGGAUAGGAAGAGAAGGCAAGGGAGAAUGAGGUGAUGAAGGGGUCAGGACACUGCCAAAUUGAGGGAUGAGAAGAUGAUAGGCGUGAAGAAUUGAGAGGAGUACAAGACAGGGCAAAACCCCCAGGCCUCUCAGCCCCCUACACGCCACGGUUGUUCCAAAGUCAUUCUAAAAUUCUACAUGUGAAGGAAGGAGUUGGACGGACUCGGAUGAUCAAAAGACAGAAGAAUGUAUUGAUUUGAUUUCUCAUUCACAGCAUAGUACACAGAGCCAACCAAACAGGCGUUCAGUGUGCUAAGCAAGACUGGCGCUGCGCUCGCUCAAUCCGUUCCAUGUGUACACGCGACGUAUCAAAAGCAUGGAAAUUAGUCCAGCCCCGAACAAGAUUUACUUCUCUUUUUCUAUGGAUUGGCUGUUGAGAGCGUUCAAACUGGACUUAAGGCAGUUUGGGAAAUGAGAACAAUUACUUUUAUUUUGUGUCUGGGUCACAUACAAUACCCUUUUAGGGAGAGGGUAUGUGUGGGGGACUUUGGAGUCCUGGUUGGAUAGACUGGUUGGGGACACAGAUAAAUGGGAGGAAGGAGAAGAGCAAAUGGCAAAACAGACAGUACUGAGGGAGGGAGAAGAGAAAGCGAGAGAGACAGAUGAGACAGACAGUACUGAGGGAGGGAGAAGAGAAAGCGAGAGAGACAGAUGAGACAGACAGUACUGAGGGAGGGAGAAGAGAAAGCGAGAGAGACAGAUGAGAAGAUGAGAGGUAUGCGGCCAUACUAGCCUUUUCUGUGAACUUUUGAAAUUCUGUUUCUCUAAGUCACCAUCUCUCUCUCAAUCUUUAAAAUGUUUCUGUGGAAUCUUUCUCUGCUCUCCACCUGUCUGACCUGUCAAACCUGUGGAACAACAUACCACUGCCGGGAAACACGCUCAGACACACUCUGGCCUACUUUACUAAGUCCUUAUGCAACAGUCAUCAGAAUGUAAACACAAAAACAAUUUAAACAUGACAUAAACAGAGAAAUGGACAAAUUACCUUCAGAGAAAGACAAAUACAAACCGUGCAGACCUGCACCUCACUCACAGAAAUACAAACACACACAUCGAGCCUCUCUUUUGCUGCCUGUUAAUUAUCAUUGCCUAAGUGGAGGCUGUGUGUGUUUUUAUGCGCCUGUUUUGAGUGUUCCUUGGCUCGACUGCUGGCUCAGAGGAAAGAUUAAACAAAUAAGCACAGUGCGACAGGGCAUGUUUCUGGUCGCGCCUACAUGAUUUUGUACUCUUUGUUUAACUGAGGAGAAAGGUCUAAGGGAGGGAUACAAUGAACAUACACACAUGUACACACACACAUGCGUGCGCGCACACACACACGCACACACACAUUAACACAAUACACAGUGACAUACAGAUUAACGCCUGCUUCAAACAAUCAGCGGUGGAUUCCAUCUGUGACAUAGUCCUAUUCUGAGAUUGUAUGUAAAGCUCCUUCACUUUCGACCAUUCAGGGAGAGGGUGGAGACACCAAGCAAACCAUAAUAAUGAUUGUUUAUUUUUCCUCACGAGUGUGACAGUCAUGUUUGUUUGUUUUUUACUGCCAUUUUAACCCUGUCACUACCAAUGUUUUUUUGGGAAUUCAUGAACUGCUCACUGAAUUCUCACUCUCUGAUUGACACUUCCUGCCAAGUUGCCUGAAAGCACUAUGAACACCACUAAUGGUACCAAGACACCUUCAAGUUUAGAGCUUAAUUCAAUCAAACCUGCACUGCUGUAUUUAUAUAGUUGCUCUUUUUCCAAUGCUCCAAUUAAAUCACAUACUAGUCUUGGGUACUUGGUAAAAACCUACAACUGCUAGCAGCAUGUUCUGUCCAAGACUGGCUUCUCAUUGUAAAUAAAAGCAGUGUAAACAUUGCUCUGGGUUGAUUGAGUCCCACCCCAAGGCCAGGAUUCAUUUGAACCGACCAUAGCAACAUUUACACAGCAUAUUCUUUACCAAUAUUAUUCCCAUCACAACACUUUUAAAAUUGUGACAAAAUGAAAGCAUAAUUGUGAACCGCCACUGUGUACAUACUUUCCCCAGAUGUCCCAGUUCUCCAGAAAUCCCAGUUAGAGGAGACCUGGAAUGAGGAGGGAAUGGGUAGGAUAUCUAGGAAUCUGAACGUGACAUUAAUCCGCUGCAUUUAUCCAAAUGACAUCAUACAUUUUCAUAUUGGAAAUGAAAAAAAAAAUGUACCUUGGCAUUGCAUUAUACAAGUGCACUUACAACAAAACAAGAAAGGAUCACUUCUCACCAAAACCUGAUAAUUAGGGGAAUGAUAACUGAAAGCUUUACAUCUGUUGGUUAAGACAUCUUAAACAUCUUAAAAUGGACCCUGUACCAUAUCCAACAAAUUACUUAUAACCAUUUUAAAACCCACACCCUGGAAAGAUUGGCAGGCAGCUGUACAUUCAUUAAAUACAUAUUUAAUUCCUGGAAAUGCAUUUUCUAUUCUUUGUGUUAUGUUAUGUGAAUAUGUCACUAUUUGUAAUGUGUACCAUAGAAAAAUGUGCACAAAUUGAGUUCCUGAGUGUUAAUAAAAUAAAUUAGGCCUACCAGACCAAUACAUGUUUUUGCCUCUAAGCAGACGCUUUAAUCCAAAGCAAUUAUGCAAGUAUACAUUCUAUGUAUGGGCUUGAGUAGGAGCUGAACCCACAAAACUUGGUUUUGUCAAGCUUUACCAACUGAGCCACACAAGACCACAAUGCCUUAUAAAAUUAUUAUAGUGUAUCCAUGUAAUCACUGCCAGAUACUAAGUUGGAUACUUACAAAGUCUUUCUCCGUCCUUCAAAAAAAUACUACGUACAUUGUAACAGUUGACAGUAAAAUUAUCGUUCUUGUUUUUUGUUCUCAUGGGAAUACGGUUCAGUGAUUUGAAAUCUAGGUGUUUGCGCUUGUGUGUGUGCGUGUGUAUGUGUGUGUGUGUGUUUUCAUGCAUGUUAAACAAGGUAAAACAAACAGUAAAUGGCAGUUCACAAAUUAAAAAAAAAACUUCAUUCAUACCUAUGCUGAAUUUUGAGCUGUAGUGUAAUUUCUAUUUGACCUAUAGGCUUCUUCUGGCAGGAAAUUACAUAAACAAGGGACAAAACACGGUAAGACAUUGUGCUGGAGAUACAAAUUAAUAAGGUAAAUAUUUCACUAAAAAUAUGUCCAACAUUAUUCAUACCACUUGAAAUGGUUUCUAUACCAUUUACAAUGGUCAUGUAAUUUCCACCAUGAGAGAGCAUUCUAAACACCUAUAAAGUGAGAACAGCUAAACAGCAGUAGUUCUCCACUCAGUUACUAGCCAACUGCAAGUCAUGGCUAAAAACACAAAUAGGUCACAUAAAAAUUCACUAUAGCUCAAAAUUCGGCAUGGGUAUGGAUACUUUUGGGCUUAACUGUAUAGCGACAUACCGAAGGCAAGUUAUAUAUCAAUAUUAAAGCCAUAAGUCACAAUAGAGUGUGAUAUAUGGACAAUAUAGUAUGGCUAAGGUCUGUUCUUAAAGACAAAGUAUUGCAGAGUGCCUGGACCCAGCCGUGGUAUAUUGACAGUACACCAAAAAUCUCUGAGAUACAACAUUGCUCUUAUAAACCAGUUAAUAACACAGUUGGAGCAUCAAAAAGUGAUGUGUCAUGAAUUUGUUAUACUCCAGGUGGUUUGAAUCCUAAAUGCUGACUGAAAGCUGUGGUCGAUGAAAGCAAUAAGGCACUAAGGUAUGUGUAAUAUAGAUGACAACUGAAAGGAAGAACCUGAAUAAAUGAGUGGAGGAACAUAUCAAAUGCUUUUAAACAGGCAUACUGCAUGAUACAGUUAACCAAUGAACCUCCUAUCAUGCUCUGUGGCAUGUAAAAAAAAGCUGAGCAGGCCCAGUCGACCUCUAUUUUGGAUCAAGAGGGCAAGAGGCAAGGAUCUUUAAAAGAGGGAUUUGUUAUUUGGUCUCUUCCAGGAUUACUUUGCCCCUAUUCACAGGGUAUGAGGGAUCACUAAAGGAAAAACAUGUGAAUCAUAUCCUGUGGCCUUCGCAGUUACCAGAUCUCAACACACUUGAACACCUAUGGGAGAUAAUGGAAUGACAUGUAAGAUUACAUUUCUUUGCAUUGUCUUACAAUGAAUGAAUAUCUUUUGGAGGACUGGUGUUCCAUCCCUCUAGUAGAGUUCCAGAGACUCCAGGCCAAGGCACAUUGAAGCUGUCCUGACAUCUCUUGGUGGCCCAACUUCCUUUCAUUUGUCAAACGUCUGUAUAAUGGUUAAGAGCUAUUUAUAGGCACAACACAUUGCACAGUGCCUGGACACAGCUCUUAACCAUGGUACAUUAGCAAAAUAUCAAACUGAGAUGCCAUUUGAAUAUUGAUAUUGGUAGUGGUAUAUUGGCCGUAUAUCACACCCCCUUGUACCUUAUUGCUUAAAUUGACCAUGGCUACCAGCAUUUAGAAUUUAUACAUAUACAUGUGUGUGAGUGUGCAGAGUCCAGUGGUAACACUAUGUGGGAGAAUCCGCAUGGAGACCAGGGUUAAAUUAUGUCUCCACCCUUCACCUGUGCUUCUACUUCUAUUGUUUCCCUCUGAUUCCUACUGUCAAUAAAAGCCCUGCAAAAAAUGGAUAAAAGAAACAACUGGGAAGUCAUUAUAUACUGGGAAGUCAUUUACUUUUGGAGACAAGGUUUUUAAUAAUUUUAUCUGAGCACUGCGACUCAAGUGUUUUUGGGGAGGACACGCCUCGUAGGUGGACACAGCUGUUUAGGAAAGCACAAUUACGUCCUCCAUUGAAGACAAGCAAUGCUGUUCUUGCGCUUCCCACCUAACGCAGUGUGAAAUACAUUCUUCUUUACAUACAUGAACUGUAGAUGACACAUACAAUGUACAAGUAGCUGCUUAGCUGAAGCUUUUCUGAGUUACACUUAGCGGAGGGAACACUGUCUUUCUCCCUACAUUUCUCACUCGCUUUGUGUGUGUGUGCACUGGGCAAAUGUAAUGGGGGAGGUGGGGAAACAAAAUGUGCAUUGUUUGUUAUUUUUUUACUGAAAGGAUUUGAGCAUUUAUCUUCUUGGUCUUGGUACAUCCUUGUUUUAACCACAUAGGGCUCUUCCCAAAUUGCACCCUAUUCCUAUUUUAGUGUACCACCUUUGCCAGAGUCCUAGACCCUGUUUUAACGUACUGCACUAAAUAACAAAUUGGGUGCCACUUUCAAAAAACAAGUAUUUACUUGUUGAAAAAUGUUGAUUAGCCACUUGUGGAAUGUACUGUACUUAUAUACGUUUUUUUCUUUCAUUCCUUUGAUGUUAAAUUGGUGUUAAAUAAAAGUGAUGAAUAAUGGUA